AAGAGGUCUCGUUUGAUUGGUAAAGGAGAUCGGCGCCGCGCCGGUACGAACAGCGAUCCUCGGAGUUCAGGAUGGCGGGGCUGUGAGAGCAUCUGAUGCUGGUGUUUUUGUGGUCCCCGUUGUAGGAGGGGCAGGACAUGAAAGAUGGGUCGGUCGAAGAGUACUUCUUGUGACCUGGUCCCCUCUUCCUACCCCUCUUGCUCCUGCCAUCCAAUCUCUACCUCAGUCACAGUCUGCUACCCGUAAAGGCUCUCUUCUUGCAUCAACAUGUCUGGAACCUCGACUUAUAACCCCGCUGCGAAACACUUUAUCAAUGACCCGAAUCACUUGGUCCUCACGGCAUUGAGAUCAAUCACCCUUGCCAACCCUUCGGUAGCUCUGGACGCUGAGAACAAGAUCAUCUUCCGCCGUGGAGAUGCAGGCCUCUACAAACAAUCACAAGUGUCUGUUGUAUCUGGAGGUGGUGCCGGUCACGAACCUUCGUUUGCAGCAUUCGUAGGACCAGGUAUCCUGUCUGGCGCAAUCUCCGGAACAAUCUUCGCGUCCCCCUCGGCAGAGCAAAUCAGAAGAUGUCUUUUAGGCCGCGUUGAUUCGGCAAAGGGUAUUCUGGUCAUUGUCAUGAACUAUACUGGUGAUGUGCUCAACUUCGGUAUGGGAGUAGAGAAAGCAAGAGCAACAGGAGUCGACAUUGAGAUGCUAGUCGUCGGCGACGACGCUGGUGUCCCCAGGUCAAAGGGUGGUAAGGUUGGCAGGAGAGGCAUCGCAGGAACUGUCCUCGUGCAGAAGAUCGCUGGAGCUUUGGCCGCUACUGGAGCACCGCUCAAGGAUGUGCACCGCGUCGCAAAGCUUGCCUCCGACAACAUCGUUUCUAUUGGAUCCUCUCUAUCGCACGUUCACGUUCCGGGUCGUAAGGUCACCGAGGCUGGCGAAGAUGAGCUCACCUUUGAAGAAGUCGAGAUUGGAAUGGGUAUCCACAACGAAGCAGGAUCCGAGCGAACGAAAGCAGACUUACCCGAUUUGGUCGAACAAAUGCUAGCACACAUGCUUGACGAGGAAGAUAAGGAACGUGGAUUCCUCAAGGUUUCUAGCGAAGAUGAGACAGUGGUCUUGAUCAACAAUUUGGGUGGUGUAAGCGUACUGGAGAUGGGCGGUAUUGCUACCGAGGUCUUGGACCAGCUCAAGAAGUACCACAACAUCAGACCUGUCAGAGUGCUAGUCGGCACUUUCAUGACCAGUUUGAAUGGCAUUGGCUUCAGCAUCUCCUUGCUCAAGCUUCAGGACACUGCCUUGGACAAGUCUAUGCUGCAACUGCUUGACGCUCCGUCAGAAGUCACUGGUUGGGCAACGCCAGUUCCCACCGCAACCUGGGAGAACAAGUCGACUGCAGCCGACCGAAGACAGACGGCCAUGGCUGAUGGUGACAAAGACAAGCCUAGCAAUCUUACUCUCAACACAGAAGAGAGCAAGAAGGUGCUCAAGGCUGGCCUGGACCGUGUGAUUGUUGCCGAGCCUGACGUUACGCAUUACGAUACGAUUGUUGGUGAUGGUGACUGUGGCAUAGGUCUAAAACGUGGUGCCGAGUCGGUGCUCCAACUCAUCGCCUCUGACUUGGAUACACAAGACGCCGUAAUCUUCAUGGACCGUAUCAUCUCAACGAUCGAGACAUCUAUGGACGGAACUAGUGGAGCUAUCUACGCCAUCUUCCUGAACGCACUGGCUGCUGGAUUACGCUCCCAGUCACCAGAGUCGGGAAAGAAAGAAGUUACCACUCAGGUCUGGGCCGAGGCAGCUAAGCAAGCUCUCGAAGGUCUAGGCAAGUACACACCAGCUAGACCUGGUGACAGAACACUUGUGGAUGCGCUGGAACCGUUUAUCAAGCAGCUUGUGGCGACUGGAGAUUUGAAGAAGGCAGCACAAGCGGCCAAGGAAGGAACGGACGCAACCAAGGGCAUGAAGGCCAGUCUAGGAAGAUCCGUCUACGUGGGUAAUGAAGGCUUCAAGGAGGUACCGGAUCCGGGUGCCUAUGGUCUUUCCGAGUUCUUGACUGGCCUUGCUGAGGCAUGAGACUCAGAUCUCGCACACGUAUGUCCGCGACCGAUUUGUAUCUAAUCUGUAAUUUGCUCAUUUGCGCAACUAUACUCAUGAUUUUAAAAACUUGCGAAACUUUCC